AUGAGUAAUCCGGUAAGGACUUUAUACUUGAAACAGGGUAGUAUUAAACACCUUCGGAGCCGGGUGGCUAUACGAACAUUAUCGACCCAUUUAUUUCGAAGCUUUGCCCCAAAUGGCUUCAAAAACCACCACUACUAUGAUUCAUCUUUUGCGUCGAGGGCAAAAAUGCCAUAUGCACAGUAUAGAUCAGUCUCCAACUCAACUAUAGCCUUACUUCAGUCACAAGAACAAGCAGCCAACAAUAACUUGAAUAAUCCUACUGCUCAGCUUGAGUUUUACAAGCUGCUCUUGGCCAAUAAUUACCCCCAUGUCGUAGUUGAGAGGUUUGAAAAUGGUAAUGUCGCAUCUUCGAGAGAAUGUGCUCAACUCUAUAUUGAAGCUUUGAAAAAGACCGGAGACAAGGCAAAAGCCGAACAAGUGGCGUACGCCCUACAGAAUAACAACUUCCAUCAAGUUGGCAAUGUUGGUGCCGGUGCCGGUGCCGGUGCCGGUGUCGGUAUUGAUGGCAACAACCAGUUAUCUGGAACUAGAUUGCCUCAUGGGUUUGGCUCGAGAUACGAGCCUGUACAUGUUGUUGUUAGUGAGUCACUUUUAACAAUCUUAUCCAAGUGGCUUAAAUGGCUUAUCCCAGUUGCUUUGAUUACUUAUGGAGCAACUAAUGCGUUCAACUACCUUGUUGAAAAUGGAACUAUUUUCAAGAAUGCAGAAGUGAAUGAUAAAUCGGUGGAUGUAAGCCAAAGUACCGUUCGCUUUAAAGACGUUCAAGGAUGUGAUGAAGCAAGAGCCGAAUUAGAGGAAAUUGUGGAUUUCUUGAAAGAUCCAUCUAAAUUUACGAGUUUGGGUGGUAAGCUUCCGAAAGGUGUUUUGCUCACAGGACCACCAGGAACAGGUAAGACUUUGUUAGCCAGGGCUACUGCUGGAGAGGCAGGUGUUCCGUUUUUUUUCAUGUCGGGAUCGGAGUUUGAUGAAUUGUAUGUUGGUGUUGGUGCCAAGAGGAUCCGAGAAUUGUUUGGCCAGGCCAGAGAGAAGGCACCAGCAAUUAUCUUUAUUGAUGAAUUGGACGCCAUCGGAGGUAAGAGAAACCCCAAGGAUCAGGCGUAUGCUAAACAAACUUUGAAUCAGUUAUUGGUUGAGUUGGAUGGUUUCAGUCAAACUCAAGGUAUUAUUAUUAUUGGAGCAACAAAUUUCCCAGAAUCUUUGGACAAGGCUUUGACUAGACCCGGAAGAUUUGAUAAAGAAGUUAUUGUUGAGUUGCCAGAUGUUAGAGGUCGUGUUGAUAUUUUGAAACAUCACAUGGAGAAUGUUGAAACUGCUGUGGAUGUAGACCCUACCAUUAUAGCAAGAGGAACCCCGGGCUUAAGUGGUGCUGAGUUGAUGAAUCUUGUCAACCAAGCUGCUGUUCACGCCUCACAAUUAUCAGCUCCUGCGGUGGAUAUGUCACAUUUUGAAUGGGCCAAAGAUAAGAUCUUGAUGGGAGCUGCAAAAAAGAAGAUGGUCAUUACUGAAGAGUCAAGAAUUAAUACUGCUUAUCAUGAAGCCGGUCAUGCGAUUAUGGCAAUGUAUUCAGCUGGAGCAACCCCAUUAUACAAAGCUACUAUCUUACCCAGAGGAAGAGCUUUGGGAAUCACAUUUCAACUACCCGAGAUGGAUAAGGUUGAUAUGAGUAAAAAAGAAUGCUUUGCAAGGUUGGACGUAUGCAUGGGUGGCAAAAUUGCAGAAGAAAUGAUUAAUGGGAAAGAGAAUGUUACAUCUGGAUGUUCUUCUGAUUUGAGCAAUGCAACAGGUGUUGCUAGAGCAAUGGUUUUAUCAUAUGGUAUGAGUGAUAAAAUAGGACCUGUUAAAUUGAGUGACGAUUGGGAGAGUUGGUCGCAGGAAAUCAAGAAUUUGGCUGAUAAUGAGGUUCGUGACUUUUUGCUUAGCAGCGAGCAAAGAACUAGACAGUUAUUACAGGAAAAGAGAUUGGAAUUAAAGAGAUUGGCUGAAGGAUUAUUGGAAUAUGAAACAUUGACAAAGGAUGAAAUGAUCAAAAUUGUUAAAGGGGAGGCCAUCAAUAAGGAGAAAACUAUCAGUAACACUGUGAUUAAAAAAUCAGGAGAAGCAAAGGAUGGAUAUAGAGAUGUCUUGAGCUUAAACAGUUGA